AUGGAUGAUCAUCACAUCUCCCAGCCCACAAUACAGCCCACAAUACAAUCCCCAAACAUGCAAGCCAACAAUCGACAGCAAUCGUCAUCCUCAAACCCAACAAGUUCAAGCACCGCAUGGGGAUCCAUCUCGUCGGACAGUGGCAGCUCGGUCCAUCACACCAAAAAAACGGCCCACGGGCUCGAGCCAGACAGCAACAAACUGGACGAUGACGAGAUUCGAAAGACACUAUCUCGACGCAAGACGCACGUUUCGGGCCAUGAAGGGGAAGAAUGGGCGCAGAUUGAGCACCUGAUCUCUCGCAUGUUUGGAUCCGAACGAAAGGCCAAUUCUGAUGAAGAGCAAACGAGACAUUCCGGGGUCAUUUGGAAAAAUCUGACCGUCAAGGGUGUCGGUCUCGGGGCGGCUUUGCAGCCGACGAACGGUGAUAUUCUGCUGGGUAUUCCGCGAUUCUUCAAAGGGCUACUCACGCGAGGACGAAGGGGAGCAAGUGGUGGCAAGUCGGAAGUCCGGACUAUCCUGGAUGACUUUUCGGGUGCGGUUAACCCAGGCGAGAUGCUGCUCGUCCUAGGCCGUCCGGGGUCGGGUUGCUCCACGUUUCUGAAAGUCAUUGGUAAUCAGCGACAUGGGUAUGAAAGCGUCGAAGGCGAUGUUCUGUACGGGGGAACAGACGCGACUACCAUGGCGAAGAAGUACCGCUCCGAAGGUAACGCACCACUCAUCUCGUUCACCAUAGCAGUUUUUCUCGGGACGAUCCUUACUGACUUGCCCUGCCUCGUAGUGUCCUACAACCCCGAGGAAGAUUUGCACUAUGCUACCCUCACAGUCAAAGAAACAUUACUCUUCGCACUCAAAUCGCGCACACCGGAUCAAAACUCGCGGAUCCCCGGCGAAAGCAGGAAGGAAUAUCAGCAGACAUUCCUGUCCGCCAUUGCAAAGCUCUUCUGGAUUGAACAUGCACUGGGGACCAAGGUCGGCAAUGAGUUGAUUCGUGGUGUCUCGGGCGGUGAGAAGAAGCGAGUAUCUAUCGGCGAAGCAAUGGUCACCAAAGCCAGCACUCAAUGCUGGGACAACUCUACCAAAGGUCUUGACGCUAGCACCGCCCUCGAGUACGUCCAAAGUUUACGCAGUCUCACCAACACCGCCAAUGUAUCCACAUUGGUCGCUCUCUACCAAGCCUCGGAGAAUCUCUACAACCUGUUCGACAAAGUUAUCCUUAUCGAGGAUGGCAAAUGCGCCUUCUUCGGUCGGACCGAAGAAGCUAAAGCAUACUUUGAAAAUCUCGGCUUCGAAUGUCCUCCACGAUGGACGACUCCAGACUUUUUGACCUCAGUGAGCGAUCCGCAUGCGAGAAAGGUCAAAGAAGGAUGGGAAGAUAGAAUCCCGCGUACUGCGGAAGAAUUUCGAUCCCUGUAUUGCCAAAGCCAGAUCCACAAAGACAACCUCAAGGAUAUCGAGAAUUAUGAGAGACAGGUUGAGGAGACACGAAACGAGCAAGAGGCCGCGAGGCAAAAGGCUCCCAAGAAAAAUUUCACGAUUCCGUUCUGGAAGCAGGUUGCCAUACUUACUCAUCGACAGUUUCUUGUCAUGUUCGGUGACACAGCCGCUCUAUUUGGAAAGUGGUUUGUUCUAAUCUUCCAGGCUCUGAUUGUUGGAAGUCUGUUCUACAAUCUUCCGGAUACAUCGGCGGGCGUCUUCACGCGAGGCGGUGUCUUGUUCUACAUUUUGCUCUUCAAUGCUCUGCUCGCCUUGGCUGAGUUGACGGCUACAUUCGAGAGUCGACCCGUGCUGCUAAAACACAAGAGCUUUUCAUUUUAUCGACCCUCUGCGUACGCUUUGGCCCAGGUAGUCGUGGAUGUCCCCUUGGUCUUUAUCCAGGUGGUACUGUUCGACCUCAUAGUUUACUUCAUGUCAAAUCUCGCCCGCACACCUUCCCAAUUCUUCAUCAAUUUAUUCGUCAUUUUCUUGAUGACAAUGACGAUGUAUUCGUUCUUCCGUGCAUGCGGAGCGUUGUGCUCUUCGUUGGAUGUUGCUACACGUUUGACGGGAGUCGCCAUCCAGGCAUUGAUCGUCUAUACAGGCUACUUGAUUCCCCCGUGGCAAAUGCACCCGUGGCUGAAAUGGCUCAUUUGGAUCAACCCUGUUCAAUACGCCUUUGAAGCUCUAAUGUCGAACGAGUUCUACAACUUGCAGAUCCGAUGCGAACCGCCUUUCAUCGUCCCACAAGGCCCCAAUGCCUCCCCAGAACAUCAAACCUGUGCAAUCCAAGGCAGUACCCCGGGCAGUCUGAUCGUGCAGGGCUCUAACUACAUCCAGACUGCAUUCACCUACACACGAGCGCACUUGUGGCGAAACGUCGGGAUCAUCAUUGCUUGGUUUAUUCUCUUCGUUGCCUUGACCAUGCUUGGGAUGGAACUUCAAAAGCCCAAUGGAGGCGGAAGUUCCGUAACCGUGUUCAAGAGGGGUGAAGAACCACGAGCUGUGAAAGAGGCCAUCGACGGUAAGAAAUCGAGCGGGGAUCUUGAAUCUGCGGAGAAGGAUGGUUCCUCUCCCGAAAAACAAGGGGAGGAAAAUGGAGGAAACGUCAAGGAUAUCGCAAAAAACACCUCAGUCUUCACCUGGCAAAAUGUGAAUUACACUAUACCCUACAAGGGCGGCGAACGGAAGUUGCUGCAGAAUGUCAGCGGCUCUGUGAAACCGGGUCGAUUGACUGCUUUGAUGGGUGCAUCUGGUGCAGGAAAAACCACCCUUCUCAAUGUGCUGGCUCAACGGGUCAACUUUGGUGUGAUUACAGGAAAUUUUUUGGUAGAUGGCAAACCGUUGCCGAAGAGCUUCCAAAGAGCCACUGGUUUCGCCGAGCAGUCCGACAUCCAUGAGCCUACUGCCACAGUGCGCGAGUCUCUCCGCUUCUCUGCACUUCUUCGUCAGCCCAAAGAAGUUCCCAUCCAGGAGAAGUAUGAAUACUGUGAGAAGAUCAUCGAUUUGCUGGAGAUGCGCUCAAUCGCGGGUGCUACUGUUGGAACUGCAGGAUCCGGUUUGAACCAAGAACAGCGCAAACGUCUUACCAUCGCCGUGGAGCUGGCCAGUAAGCCAGAGUUGCUGCUUUUCCUCGAUGAGCCCACAUCUGGCCUGGAUUCAUUGGCGGCAUUCAACAUCGUUCGCUUCCUUCGGCGCUUGGCUGAUGCAGGACAAGCUGUCUUCUGUACUAUUCAUCAACCCUCCGCUGUUCUCUUCGAGCAGUUUGAUGACUUGCUCCUGCUAAAGAAUGGAGGACGGGUGGUGUAUAACGGUGCUCUUGGCUCUGACUCCAGAACCUUGAUCGACUACUUUGAACGGAACGGUGGGAAAAAGUGUUCUUCCAGCGCCAACCCGGCAGAGUACAUGCUCGAGGUCAUUGGUGCAGGUAAUCCCGACUACAAGGGACAAGAUUGGGGAGAUGUGUGGGAAAACUCAACCGAGGCAAAGCAGCUGUCAGAGGAAUUAGAACAGACAGUUUCUUCUCGACGGAGUCAGGGGCAAGGUGACAUUAUGAAAGACGACCGAGAAUUUGCCACGCCUCUCCAUACCCAAGUCUAUGUCGUAACCAAGCGUGCUUUUGUGGCUUAUUGGCGAUCGCCGGAAUACGUUUCUGGAAAAAUCCUGCUACAUAUCAUUACUGGUCUUUUCAAUACGUUCACCUUCUGGCAUUUGAGCAAUGGGUCUAUCGGCAUGCAAUCGCGAUUGUUCUCGAUUUUCAUGACGUUGACCAUCUCGCCACCGUUAAUUCAGCAAUUGCAGCCCAAAUUCUUGCAUUUUCGAGGCCUUUACGAGUCUCGGGAGUCGAACUCCAAGAUAUAUUCUUGGGUUGCUUUCGUUGUCAGCACUAUUCUCCCGGAACUGCCUUACUCCAUUGUUGCUGGGUCUAUCUACUUCAAUUGCUGGUACUGGGGCAUUUGGUUUCCACGAGAUUCGUUCUCCUCGGGCUACACGUGGAUGAUGAUCAUGCUUUUUGAGUGCUUCUACGUCGGUUUUGGGCAGUUCAUUGCUGCUUUCUCCCCCAAUGAACUCUUCGCGUCCUUGCUCGUACCAUCAUUCUUCACCUUUGUCGUCUCCUUCUGUGGUGUCGUCGUGCCAUAUGCUCAGCUACCUCACUUCUGGCAAUCGUGGAUGUAUUGGCUCACGCCUUUCAACUAUCUGGUCGAAGGCCUUCUCUCUGUCGUGGUGCACAAUGUCCCCGUCGACUGUCUUGAACGAGAGGAAGCAUUCUUCUCCCCGCCCGCCGGCGAGACAUGUCAGUCGUAUGCUGGCCAAUUCGUACAGCAGGCUGGCGGCACGGUCCGCGAGGCUGCAAACGGACUGUGUGGAUAUUGCCAGUACGCAACAGGCGACCAAUUUGCUGCAAGUUUCAACAUCUACUAUUCUCACAAGUGGAGAGACUACGGCAUUUUUUGGGCAUUUGUCCUCUUCAACUUUGCCAUGGUCUUUCUCUUCUCCUGGAUUUACCUCCAUGGAGUCCAAGAUGUGAAGAAACGGGUGGGCAAAUGGAAGUCUGGAAAGGCCAUGAAGAAAGAGAAACAAGAUGAGUCGAGGAGCGUCGACGAGUCUUGA